CUCCUCCUCCUCCUCCCUGAAGAACCAGGCGUGUUUUCUCGUUGGAAACAGUCGUUAGAAUCGCUUGAAGGAAGGGAGUGGAGCUCAGGAAGGUGUUUCUUUUAUCGGUGAAGAUUUGAGCAACAUAAUCCAUCACAGUUAACCGUUUAAUGCAAGAACAGGGACACAAGGAGCUGAAGCCGAAAUAAGAAGCUUUAGGUUCACUCGGGUUCGCCGCGUCACUCCCGUUUUCUUAUAAAUCUCCCAACGAAAGGAAGCCUUUUCACGUAUUUCCGCUGUAUUCUUCUGUUUUCCUGUAUGAACCGCUGCGUCCUGACUGCAGAUCGUGUGCUCGGACACCCUGCUGGAAGCCUUUCAACGCCAAAUAUAGCCGCUGUUAAUGCAGGAUCGCUCUGGAUCAGAUUCUGGCAGCGCCGCCAAACAUAAUUGGCUGGAUAAUUUGAGAUCCUGAGGGGAUUUUGUCUGAUUUUGCUGAUCACUUGAUGAUCAGGACCGUGUUUUCUCACGUUUUCCCGCUCGAGAUGCACGUUUGAAGCCCGCUCAGACUGCUCCCCACAGAAGCCAUUUUUAAUUAAGCGUUUGAUUUCCGAGCCUGCCUAAAGCUCCCCGAGCUGCAGCGCAAAACCUGUGCGCGCACAUCUUGGCACGCCGCUUCCACACCCAUCCCCAUUGUUCUCCGACGGGGCCAUGGCUCGGGUUUGGUUUUCUGUAGCUACGCUGGUUGUCGGCGUGUCGCUGUGCUGGGCCGGGGGCCAGCAGGCCAAGGCGGAGAGCCCGCCGGUGGUCACCCUGCGCACCGUCAUCACGGGAACCUGCCAGGAGAUCCAGCGGUACGCGGAAUCGCUGGUGGGAGCAGGAGUGAUCCGCUCCGCUGCUGAGAGUGCUGUGUUGUAUCUUGAAUCAAUGAUGGGUCAGGAGAACGUCCAAACCUUGGCUAUGUUUCUGUCGACCGCAAUCCGAUUCUUGGCUGAGGGAGCAGCCAGCGGCCUGAACGUCAUCGCCGUUUACGUCACCGAGAUCCUCAGAGUCACAGGAUUUGACGUUGCAACGUUGCCACGCUUCACGCCGGAGGGCGUGACCGCCGUUGCCCAGUGGGGUCUGGUGGGCCUCAUCGCCUACUGGAGUCUGACCAUCCUUCUCCGUUUGCUGAUUGGCGUCUUCAAGCAGCUGUUUUGGGUUGUGAAAACGGUUUUGGCUCUCUGGCUUUUCGGACUGAUCGUGACUGACAAGCACGCCUCCGCAGAGACGACAGCGAUUCGAGUGGGAGUCCUGGUGCUGGUGGUCGCCCUGCUGACUCUGUUCACUUCAAGCUCCGAGAAGACUUCCGGUUUGGAGAGCCGGCUUAACAAACUGGAGGGGCGGCUGAGGGCAGUAGAGAAGAGGAAAGAGGAGUAGAGUGGGGCGAAGAUUGGCGUUCAUGCUGGUGGGGAGAAGUGGCAACAUUUAAUGAUUUCUACAUUUGUGACAACUUUGAAAAAUAAAGUUAUCUCUGAGAUUUUUAAUCAAAAA